UCCUGUUCCCCACCCUCCCCACAGCCCAAACCCUUGCUCCUGUCCACAUCAACCAAGAAUUCCAUGCUCCGAUUCCGCGGAAGGAGCCUUCAGGUGGCGGCGCCCCUUGAUCAGGCCUUCCGCCGUCCACCGGCUCCCUGUCCAAUGUCCGCAGGCGUUGCUCGGCAAUGCAGAGGGAGGUUCACGGGCAGAAAGAUGCCUCCUUCCUUUCGCCAGCGUCCGGUGGUUCACCGGCACUACCCACCAUUUGCUACGCUUAUCCGAGCGCCGGCGACAUGCUAUCCUCCUCCACCAUCUUUCAUGCCUGCGUCGGACGCCGGUCUGUCGUCUCCGUCGCCGCUGAGCCCGUCCACAGGUGCCAUGCUGCGCGCCUGCUUCCCGCCGGCGUGCCCCGCGCGCAGCCGCGUGGGAACCGCCCAGCUCAGUCCGUCGGCGGGAUCCUGCUUCCCGCCGUCACCGCAGGCGAAACUGCAGGCAGCAGCAUGGCGACAGGCAACUGCCUUCGGCCACCGUACGCUCCAUGGUGUCGGUCAAGAGGACCGCCACCGCAACCGCACAUCGGCGUCAUGCUGCCUCCACGGGACGCCGUCACAUGGCGCGCGGGGCUGAGAUCAACACCAACUACCAGUCUGAUGUCAUUGGGAGGUUCGUUCUCAAGAGGCUUCAAAACAAGUGCUCUGGAUACCGUUGAAUUCGAUACACUGGAACCUUAUGUUCCUCCCAGCUCUGUGCAGUCACACAAGCUACAAUUAUAUGCAAAAUUAGAAGAGUUUCCAAUAGAUGAAGUGCAACCUACUCAUAUCCGUAGUGCUGUAGCAGUUGCUGUUGGCAUAGUGAAGGUUCAGUUCGAUUUGAAUCGCCUGCAGAGCUUAUACCAUGAACAUGUCAGGCAUAUCUUGGUGGCCAAUGGUAUACAUGUGGAUGGCUCAUUAGAUGACAUAUUUGAGCUCACUAGAUAUAGGAUUAUCAGCUGUUUGGAAGGAAGAAAUCUCUGAAAAGAAAGGGCCACUUAACCUAUCGAGUCUUGACGUCAUGCGAACUUUGGUCGGACUAAAAGAUCAUAAAUGGAGUCACUUACUGGACUAUCUUAGAGACAUUAAGAUAAUUGUCAUUGAGAAAUGGGAUUUGCCACUUUCAACAGUGGAGUCGAUGAUAUUCAAUCUAGGUUGGAAGCUGCCGUUAGAUACUAUAUCACUCUACAGGGGGCAGACUGAUGCAUCGUUCAAGUUCAGCACCAAACUGGCAUCUCUAUGCUCAAUCGUUUGGAAUGAUAGUAAUCAAGUCACCGACUGCUUAAUCUGUCAUAAUAUCGUAUGCAAGGAUAACAUUUAGGCUGAGCUGUUAUCAAUGUUCAUGCUGAUGCGCCGGGCUGUGGAUUUAAAAAUUAAUGACUUGCUGAUAUAUACAGACUGCAGCCAUUGUGAUCGAGUUGUGAGGGAAGUGGAAAUAGUGCAGCCCAAGGAUAAGCACGCAGAAUUGUCCGUGGCGGUGCUUGGCUUGAAGGCGAAGUUCGAUAAUGUCUUUUGUCAGUUAGAACCAAGGGAGAAGCUGCUGUUCCCUGAUUCUCUCAUCAGUCUCUGGAGGAACUCAUCCUCACCACAUGCAAAUAUAUUUGAAGGUUUAUUGGGCAUAUGGUCACCCCAUUUGCUGGGACUGCCGGUUUUCCGGAUCCAUCAAACAAGAAAAGCUGCUAAUGCUUUCAUUGCUAAAAAAAAUGCUGGAGGAAGUCUGGGAAACCUUGUUCUGCACCAUGCAUAUAAAGUCAAUGUGAAGGAAGAAUCAAGAAAAAUGGAUGCUGUGCGAAAUGUAGUUAUGGCGAUGCGCCCCAAAAGCAUAGAGGUGUUGGUGAGAACUGAAAAUGAAGCCCAAGCAGUGGGAGAGGAGUUGAGCAAGCUGUUCAAACAAAUGCUUGUUAAAUAUGAGAAGCGCGCAGUUGGUGAAGGCUAUGAGGUAGCAGCAAGGAAGGGCAUUGUCAUCUCUGGUAGAGAGAGGAAACUGAGAAUUAUCUAUCACUCAUCAAUGGAGGAUGUGACCACAAUCAAGGCGGCUAAUACACUAAGUGUGAAGCUCUUGAGUUUGGAGGAUGAUGAUGAGAACAUUACAGCACUACGGCCGGAGUGUUUCCUUUUCUUCAAUUGAAAACCCAACCAAUGUCUUGAUAUCCAGAACAUCUAGGAAUUCCCAGUGAAAUGACGAUAAUUUGCAAUGAGGCAUCAAGUGUAUGGAGGACUUCAAUCUGCAGGAGCUUGAUCACAAUUUCUAUCUUUGUGCCAAGUGCAUCUAUCUGCAGGAGAUUGAUCACAAUUUGUCAAGUCACAAUUAUGCAUUACAUCCUUGGUGAACUCAAGUUCAAAUUUAGAUGUCUCUUAAUCUAUCAAUUCUGUGAUGUUCGGUAUAUUUUGAAAUUGGACAUGUAGACACCUUAAUGUUUGAUUCGUGAUAUUAGUGUUUGUCCAUUA